UCCUCACUCCCCCCUUUGACUCCGCCCCUCCCCCACCUCUCUCUCUAUCUCUCUCCUGGCGGUCGUCACCUCACGCGCACCCCGCGGUUGCAGAAACCGGAAGCCUCGUCGCGAGGGCACGAGGCCGAGAGGAAGCAAGAACCCUAGCCCGGGCAGCCCCAAGAUUUUGACCUAAAAUGGGAGUGGCCGGUCACAACGAUCCUUUGUUAGGUGAAACCACAUGUGGGUCUUUGCUGCAGCAACUACAGCUGAUAUGGGAUGAGGUUGGUGAGAGCGAUGAUGAUCGCGACAAGAUGUUACUUCAGCUAGAGCAGGAAUGUUUAGAUGUUUACAGGAGAAAGGUUGAUCAGGCUUCUAGUUCCAGAGCUCGUCUUCUUCAACAACUUGCCAACUCCAAAUCCGAGCUUACUAGACUCCUUUCUUCGCUGGGAGAACUGUCUAUUUCUGGUGUUAUAGUUCCUGACAAGACAACUGGUACAAUCAAGGAGCAACUAGCAGCGACAUCACCAUUCUUGGAACAGCUCUGCAGGAAAAAAGAGAAGAGGGUGAAAGAGUUUGCUGAUGUUCAACUCCAAAUUCAAACAAUACGUGGUGAAAUUGCGGGUACUCUACAAGUUGGUGACCACUUGGAAAUGCCCCAUGUCAACGAGGAUGAUCUUUCAAUGAAGAAAUUAAAUGAAUUUCUUUUUGAACUACAAGCACUUCAAAAGGAAAAGAGUGAUAGGUUGCACAAGAUUCUUGACUUUGUGAGCUCUGUGCACGAUCUUUGUUCUGUCCUUGGGAUGGAUUUCUUGGCCACUGUUACUGAAGUUCAUCCUAGCCUCAUUGACUCUGUGGGUGCUCACUCCAAGAGUGUUAGUGAUGAAACAAUAUCCAGGCUGUCUAAGAUGGUGACCGAACUUAAAGAAGAGAAAGUUAAGAGGCUUGGAAAGAUUCAAGCUCUAGCCUCCCAGCUAACUGACCUUUGGAACUUAAUGGAUGCCACUGUGGAGGAACGGCAACUUUUCGAUCACGUCACAUGCAAUAUGUCCUCAACAUUGGAUAGAGUCACAGUUCCUGGAGCUUUGGCUCUUGAUGUAAUUGAUCAGGCUGAACAUGAAGUUGAAAGGCUGGAUCAGCUAAAAGCUAGUAGGAUGAAGGAUAUUGCAUUCAAAAGGCAGACUGAACUUGAAGAUAUAUAUGCCCAGGCUCAUAUUGCAAUAGAUACUAGUGCUGCAAGAGAUAGAAUACUGUCUGUUAUUGAUUCUAGUAUGUUCGAGCCAUCAGAACUACUGGCUGAUAUGGAGAACCAGAUACUUAAAGCAAAGGAGGAGGCCUCGAGCAGAAAGGACAUAUUGGAGAAGGUCGACAGGUGGAUGCUAGCAUGCGAAGAAGAGAGCUGGCUUGAAGACUAUAGCCGGGAUGAUAACAGAUACAGCGCAACUAGAGGCGCACAUCUGAACCUCAAGCGUGCGGAAAAAGCUCGUGUUUUGGUUAAUAAAAUCCCAGCCAUUGUUGACAUGCUGGUGGCGAAGACCCAGGCUUGGGAGCAAGAACACAACACAGCAUUCACCUACGACGGCGUCGCACUUCUUGCGAUGCUGGACGAAUACAGAAUCUUGAGACAGGAGAAGGAGGAAGAGAAGCGAAGAAUGAGGGACCAGAAGAAGAUAAACGACCAGCUAGCCGCCGAGCAGGAGAAGCUGUUCGGGUCAAAGCCGAGCCCGGCCCGGCCCCAGUCUGCGAAGAAGUUGCCUGGCCCUCGGGCCAACGGCGGCGCGGUGAAUGGGACGCCGAACCGGAGGCUGUCGGUGCAGCAGCAGAACGGCGUGCGAUCGGCGAGCCGGGACGGCCGCAGGGAGAGUGUCAGGCCAUCGGCGCCGGUGAACUACGUGGCCAUCGCCAAGGACGACGCGGCUUCGCAAGCGUCUUCGACCUGACACGUAUGGCUGGUGCCAGUGUCGGAGAAGUAUAACUGUGCAGUAGUCCGGAGAUUAUAGUGCUUAGCUUAGCUUAGCUCAGCUAGGUGGAGCAAGUUGGAUGUGAUAUAGUCAUGGCGGGAGUCGCCUUUGUAACUGGAUGGAUCAUGGAUGUUCGUCUCGUGUUGUAGAUCGAAUGCAGCUGGUGCUAUGAAUAACCGACACUUUUACAAAUGUUUCAUCA